AUGGGAAACAACAGCAGCUCCACAGUGGAUGAUCUACAGGCUGUCGAGAUACACCACUGGUACAAGAAAUUCAUGACAGAGUGUCCUUCUGGACAGCUGACAGAGCACGAAUUUAAGCAGUUCUUUGGGCUUCGAGGGCUGGAUCCAGAGGCCAAUAAGUACAUUGAGCAGAUGUUCCGCACGUUCGAUAUGAACAAGGAUGGAUAUAUUGAUUUCAUGGAAUACGUGGCUGCCCUCAGCCUCGUUCUCCGAGGGAAGAUGGAGCAGAAAUUGCGGUGGUAUUUCAAGCUCUAUGAUGUAGAUGGCAAUGGCUGCAUUGAUCGACAUGAACUGCUCAACAUCAUUAAGGCUAUUCGAGCUAUUAAUGGUGGUGACCAUGAAACCAGUGCAGAAGAGUUCACCAACCGAGUCUUCAACAGGAUUGAUGUGAACGGCGAUGGUGAACUUUCUCUGGAUGAAUUUGUGGAGGGAGCAAGGAAAGAUGAAGAGUUCAUGGAGGUUAUGAUGAAAAGUUUGGACCUGUCACACAUUGUGGCCAUGAUAAACAACCGUCGGCAUAGUGUAUAAAUCAAGCUGGGAGAAGAUGCUGGGCCAAUAGAAGAAGGGUGUAGAAACACAAGGAAGGAGAGACAGCAUUUUUCAAAACAAAAUUUCCAUAAACAUGAAUAUGGAAGUAGGAACAGAAAGACACUGAUAUGUUUGUGUAUCUGAGUGCAUGUUCCUGUACAAAUACGGAAGCUUAGCCACGUAAAUGCAGGGCAGGUUCAGAAAAACUGAAUCUGGGUGGCAGUAUUUGACUCGUUUUUCUAAAGUUUAAAGGCCAAAUUUCAGGGCACAAUUUUCCUUUUUAUUCUGUGUCCCAGAUUAUCACUUUGAAACGGACUAAAAGUAAC